AUGACAUCAAUAUUACGACAAUGCAGCUCUCUUGCUAGAAUUUCUCAGACCACCGUCCAAUCUGUCGCACGAAAUUCCCUCCGUACAUCAUCGACAGCACCCUUAAUAAGGUCGCGGAUAGCUACACAAAGAGCGCGCACAUUCGUCACUAAGCCACCAAAGCCAGACAAGGACACGGGGAAGGAUGAGUCGGAGGUAAAGUCGAAAAAUCAAAAAUCGUCAGAACCACCCACCAAGUCCGCACCCGGGACGGAAAACCUCUACAAUGGAAAGACUCCUUUAUCUCCCUCGGAGAAUGGUGGGGAACCACAGGAGUCACCGCUGGUGGAAGGGUAUGUGAAGUUGACGGAGGAGGAGAUGAAGCAGCUAGAGCAAGUAAUUGCUUCCAUGCAAUUUGGAAAAGGCCAAACUCAAGAAUUAAGGGAAGCUUUGAAGGCUAUAAAUAAGGCAGGUGUGCCAUCUGAAUUAAGAGAUUUGAUGAACGAAGUGAAGGGUAGACCAAUGACUUUGACGGAAGCUGCAAAAUUCACAAAGCUGGUGUUGCAGAUGGCGUGGUCCGCUGCAAAGGUCCAAUCACAGACACAACAAUCACAGGGAACAAAUUUCAGUUCAAACGAGCCAGGAUCUUCUACAAAUGGUAAUAAAGGAGACCAGAAGCAGGGGCAGGAUGGAAAGCAGGGUGGCAAGAAAGGCAAUCAGCAGGAAAGCUUCAACUUUGGCAACUCGACGGAGAUCAAACUCGAUACUACAACCUUAUUGAUUGGAUCUUUUGCAACAUACUUCCUAUGGCAGACACUCUUCCCCGGCACCAACAAGAAGGAUAUCACAUUCCAGGAAUUCCGAAACAACUUUUUCGACAAAGGGUUGGUCAAGAGAUUGACUGUGGUUAACAAGUCGGAGGUCCGGGUUGAUCUUCACACUGAAGCCGCUGCUGCGAUGUAUCCAGACUCUCCUGCCGGUAACCCCAACUUUCAUUACUAUUUCUCGAUAGGUUCUGCCGAAGGUUUUGAGCAAAGAAUGGAACAAGCACAAAACGAGCUAGGAAUACCUGUUGCUGAGAGGAUACCAAUUGGUUACGCUAGUGAUGGAGAUACAUGGGCUCUUAUCUACUCUUUCGGUCCUACACUUUUGUUCAUUGGUGCUAUUUUCUACAUGUCAAGGCGAGCUUCGGCAGGUGCUGGAGGCCAGAGUGGCAUUUUUGGAAUGGGAAAAAGUCGAGCAAAGCAAUUCAACCACGAGACUGAUGUAAAGGUUAAGUUUAAGGAUGUUGCUGGUAUGGAUGAAGCAAAGCUGGAAAUUAUGGAGUUUGUCUCCUUCCUAAAGACACCUGAGCAAUUCCAACGUUUGGGUGCUAAGAUUCCUCGCGGUGCUAUUCUUUCUGGACCACCAGGUACUGGUAAAACUUUGUUGGCAAAGGCAACAGCUGGUGAAUCUCAAGUACCAUUCUUUAGUGUCAGUGGUUCCGAAUUCGUAGAGAUGUUUGUCGGUGUUGGAGCAUCGAGAGUUCGGGAUCUUUUCGCCAUGGCCAGAAAGAGCACUCCUUGUAUCAUCUUCAUUGAUGAAAUCGAUGCUAUUGGAAAGUCUCGUGGAAAGUCUGGUGGAUUUUCUGGAGGUGGAAACGAUGAACGGGAAGCGACACUCAAUCAAAUUUUGACCGAAAUGGACGGUUUCAACACGACUGAGCAAAUUGUUGUUCUUGCUGGUACUAAUAGACCUGACGUACUCGACAAGGCUCUAAUGAGACCUGGUCGUUUUGAUAGACACAUUUCUAUCGACAGGCCGACCAUGGAUGGUAGAAAGCAAAUCUUCAAGGUUCACUUGGGCAAGAUUGUUACCAAUGAGAAUAUUGAGUACUUGACUGGACGAUUGUCAGCCUUGACUCCUGGUUUCUCUGGUGCUGAUAUUGCCAACUGUGUCAAUGAAGCUGCUUUGAUUGCUGCACGAACACAAGCCAAAUCUGUAGCUAUGUUACACUUUGAACAAGCUAUUGAGCGUGUUAUUGGUGGUCUUGAGAAGAAAUCUCUUGUUCUAUCACCAGAAGAGAAGAAGACAGUUGCCUACCAUGAAGCAGGCCACGCAAUUUGCGGUUGGUACUUCAAGUGGGCUGAUCCACUUCUCAAGGUUUCCAUCAUUCCUCGUGGACAAGGUGCCCUCGGAUACGCACAAUACCUCCCUGCUGGCGACACUUAUCUCAUGAAUGUUAACCAACUUAUGGAUCGUAUGGCAAUGACUCUCGGUGGACGUGUAUCAGAAGAACUCCAUUUUGAGACCGUCACCAGUGGUGCUAGUGACGACUUUAACAAGGUUACUCGCAUGGCUACCGCCAUGGUAACUAAAUGGGGCAUGUCCAAGAAACUCGGCCCUCUCCAUUUCGAAACUGAUAGAGAAAACCAACUCAUGAAACCUUUUGCCGAAUCUACAGCUCAAACUAUUGAUUCAGAAGUUCGACGUAUAGUCGAUGAGGCAUAUGAGAAAUGUCGAAACCUACUGGUGGAGAAGAAGGACGAAGUGGGUAUUAUUGCAGAGGAACUUUUGGCGAAGGAGGUGCUCGGUAGAGAUGAUAUGGUGAGAUUACUGGGACCAAGACCAUUUGAUGAGAAUAAGGAUUUCAUCAAGUACUUCGGAGGAGGAUCAUUAGGAAAGAGUGCGCCGCCACCACCGGCGACUGAGAGUACGGAUAUGCCAACUGAGGAUCCUGCUCCUCUUGCUUAA